AUGGCGCGGCUCCUCCCCCUCGUCUUCCUGGCCGUCUCGCUGGCGUGGCCGGCGUCGAGCAAGCCUCUCCCGGUGCUCGUUCCGGUCACCAAGGACCCCGCCACCCUCCUCUACACCAUCCCCUUCCACUACGGCGCCGACCUCGUCGUCGACACCGCCGGCCCGCUCGUCUGGUCCACGUGCCAGCGCGGCCACCUGCCGGCCGAGUUCCCGUGCAACAGCCCCACCUGCCGGCUCGCCAACGCCUUCCACGUCCCGGGCUGCCGCGCGCGCGGCUGCGGCCGCGACAGGCGCAAGGACAGGACGUGCACGGCGUACCCGUACAACCCCGUCACCGGCGCGUGCGCGGCCGGGGACCUGGUGCACACGAGGUUCGUCGCCAACACCACCGACGGCGUCCACCCGGUGAGCCAGGUGAGCGUGCGGGCCCUGGCGGCGUGCGCGCCGAGCAGGCUCCUCAAGUCGCUGCCGCGUGGCGCCUCCGGCGUGGCCGGGCUCGCGGGCUCCGGCCUCGCGCUGCCGGCGCAAGUGGCUUCCGCGCAGAACGUCCCCAACAAGUUCCUCCUCUGCCUCCCCCGCGGCGGGUCCUCCGGCAGCACCGGCGUGGCCAUCUUCGGCGGCGGCCCGUUCGAGGUCUCCGCGCAGCCGGGGAGGAACUUCACGCAGGAGCUCGUCUACACGCCGCUCGUCGCCGCCAAGAAGGGCAUGCCGCCCGCACACUACGUCUCGCUCGAGUCCAUCGCCGUGGAGAACGCCCGCGUGCCCGGCGCCGGCGCCGCGGUGGUCUGCACGAAGGUGCCCUUCACCCUGCUCCGCCCGGACGUGUACCGCCCGUUCGUGGACGCGUUCGCCAGGGCCCUGGCGGCGCAGGGCGCGCAGGGCGGGCCCGUGGCGCGCCCGGUGAAGCCCGUGCCCCCCUUCGAGCUGUGCUACGACACGCAGUCGCUGGCCAACACGCGGAUCGGGUACCUGGUGCCGGGCGUGACGCUGACGCUGGGCGGCGGCACGAACUGGACGAUGAACGGGCUGAGCUCGAUGGUGGACCUGAGGCCGGGGACGGCGUGCCUGGCGUUCGCGCGGAUGGAGGGGGUGAAGGCCGGGGACCGCAGCGCGCCGGCGGUGCUCGUCGGAGGGUUCCAGAUGGAGAACACCGUGCUGGAGUUCGACAUGGCGAGGAAGCGGCUCGGGUUCGUCAGGCUGCCCUUCUUCACCCAGUGCGGCCACUUCAAUUUCACCAAGAUCGGCUACUAG